UACUUGUGUCGCCACUCGGUUUGUUUCUCCCCGGAGCGAAAGAGAAACUUUAUUAGUAAAAAAAAAUAAAAUAAGAAGAAGAAGAAGAACAGUUAAAACAGAAAAAAAUUCGCAUUUGAGGCGAAAAAUUUGUGAUUGGAGGGCGAGAAUAUCUUUUGUUCGCAUUUCAAAUCAGUGUUUUUGUUUACACCAAUUUUGUACGAGUCGGUUUUGUUCAAUCUGGUGUCUGUGGAUACUUGUUUGGGUUUGGGUUCGGAGAAUAUGAGUUCUAAUGUCCGAAGUGAGCGGAGAGAUAGGCCUAGGUCCACAGCUCAGCCUUCCCGGCGAGAGUGGGUUCCUAGAGGACCCUCUACGGUGACUGUGGUGAACCAGCCUUCAAGUUCGCAUUCGAACUCAACAGAAAAUACAAACGGCGGUGAUUCAACCCUCAGCUCCGCGGCUUCGCAUGGUCGGCACAAGGCAAAUAGUAGUCCCCAUUUGAACUCGGCAGACAAUGGAAAUGGCAGUGUUCCUAUUCAUAGUUCUUCAGCAUCGCAUAGUCAUAGUCGAUACAGAGGGAAUAAUAGCUCACAUUCGAACUCAUCAGAAAAUAGAAAUGGUGGUGAUCUGACACAUAACUAUGCAGCGUCGCAUGGUCGGUACAAGGGGAUUAUUAAUUUGCCUUCGAACUCAACAGAAAAUGGAAAUGGUGGUGAGCCAACCCAUAGCUCUGCAGUGUUGCAUAGUCAGCACAGGGGGAAUAAUAAUUUUCAUUCUAACUCAUCUGCAGAUGGGAUUGGUGUUGAUUCUACCAAUAGCUUCGCAGCGUCGCAUAGUCGGUACAAGGGGAAUUAUAGUUCAAGGGGUCAAGUAAGUCGACCAGUCAAUAAUAGGAGGGAGCAGCAGGAAAGAGGUAGCGAGACUAAGGACUCUACUUUACCACAGCUUGUGCAAGAGAUUCAAGAGAAGCUUAUGAAGGGGGCAGUUGAAUGUAUGAUUUGCUACGACAUGGUUAGGAGAUCUGCACCUGUUUGGUCUUGUGGCAGCUGUUACUCUAUCUUUCACUUGAAUUGUAUCAAGAAAUGGGCGAGAGCGCCCACCUCUGUUGAUUUAUCUGUGGACAAUCAGGGAUUUAAUUGGCGGUGUCCUGGAUGUCAGUCUGUGGAGCUCACAUCCUCGAAAGAGAUUCGCUAUGUUUGUUUUUGUGGUAAGAGGCCAGACCCACCUUCAGACUUAUAUUUGACACCCCAUUCGUGUGGGGAACCUUGUGGAAAGCCACUUGAGAGAGAUGUUGGUCGUGGAGGAAGUAAGGAGGAUCAUUGCCCUCAUGUUUGUGUGUUGCAGUGCCACCCUGGUCCAUGCCCUCCCUGUAAAGCAUUUGCCCCUCCUCGUAUAUGCUCAUGUGGCAAGAAAAUAAUUACCACAAGAUGCUCUGAUCGUAAGUCUGGUCUUACUUGUGGUCAGCGCUGUGAAAAGCUUCUUAGUUGUGGCCGACACAAGUGUGAGCAGAUUUGUCAUGUUGGUCCUUGUGAUCAAUGUCAAGUACAGGUUAAUGCUGCCUGUUUCUGCAAGCAAACAGUGGAGGCUGUUCUUUGUGCAGACAUGACUGUGAAGGGAGUGGUGAAAGCAGAAGAUGGGGUCUUUUCAUGUAAUUCUCUUUGUGGAAAGAAGCUAAACUGUGGUAACCAUUUCUGUGGUGAAAUUUGUCAUCCAGGUCCUUGUGGAGAGUGUGAGCUACUGCCAAGCAAGACCAAGACAUGCCAUUGUGGGAAAACAGUUUUGAAGGAGGAACGGAGCAGUUGCUUAGACCCCAUUCCGACCUGUUCAAAAAUAUGCCAGAAGGUCCUUCCGUGUGAGAAGCAUUCCUGUGAAGAGGUGUGCCAUGCUGGUGAUUGUCCACCUUGUUUGGUUAAAGUCUCACAAAAAUGUCGUUGCACCUCAACUUCUCGAACUGUGGAAUGUUAUAAAACAACGUCAGAUGAAAAAUUUACUUGUGACAGAGCCUGUGGGCGGAAGAAAAGCUGUGGAAGACACCGUUGCAAUGAGCGAUGCUGUCCUCUUUCUAAUUCGAGCAGCACUUACUCAGAAGAAUGGGAUCCGCACGUUUGUUCAAUGUCCUGUGGAAAGAAGCUAAGAUGUGGCCAACAUGCUUGUGAAUCUCUCUGUCACAGUGGUCAUUGUCCUCCGUGCCUGGAAACCAUAUUUACCGAUUUAAUAUGCGCUUGUGGAAGAACUUCAAUACCUCCUCCAUUACCUUGUGGAACACCUCCCCCUUCCUGUCAACUCCCAUGUUCAGUACCUCAGCCUUGUGGUCAUUCAGCUUCUCACAGCUGCCACUUUGGAGAUUGCCCUCCUUGCUCGGUUCCUGUAGCGAAGGAGUGUAUCGGCGGGCACGUGGUUUUGAGGAACAUUCCUUGUGGGUCUAGGGACAUUAGAUGUAACAAGCUCUGUGGUAAGACCAGGCAAUGCGGCAUGCAUGCCUGUGGAAGAACUUGUCACUUACCUCCUUGUGAUGCUCAGACGGGGUCCGAACCAGGUUUAAGAUCUUCUUGUGGGCAGACGUGUGGUGCUCCAAGGAGAGAUUGCAGGCAUACAUGCACUGCACCUUGUCACCCCUCCUAUCUUUGUCCCGAUACACGGUGUGAUUUUCCCGUGACAAUUACUUGCUUAUGUGGCCGUAUAUCAGCUAGUGUUCCUUGUGAUGCUGGGGGUAACAGUGGUAAUUACAAUGCUGAUACUGUUUAUGAAGCUUCGGUCAUGCAGAAGUUACCGGCUCAAUUGCAACCCGUAGAAGCUACUGGUAUCAAGAUACCACUUGGACAGAGGAAGCUUAUGUGUGAGGAUGAAUGUGCUAAGUUGGAGCGCAAACGGGUUCUCGCAGAUGCUUUCGAUAUAGCGACUCCCAACUUGGAAGCUCUUCAUUUCGGCGAGAGUUCUUCUGUUUCUGAGUUAUUGGGAGAUCUCUACAGGCGUGAUCCCAAGUGGGUGAUAUCCGUAGAGGAAAGAUGCAAAUUUUUAGUUCUUGGGAAGAGCAGAGGAAGUACAAGUGGUCUCAAGGUUCAUGUAUUCUGUCCAAUGCUGAAGGAGAAGAGAGACGCAGUUAGGGUGAUCGCCGAAAGGUGGAAGCUUGCAGUAAACGCCGCUGGCUGGGAGCCAAAGCGUUUUAUCGUGGUCCACGUAACACCUAAAUCGAAAGUACCCCCUCGGAUUCUUGGUGUCAAGGGUACCACCACCGUGAGUGCACCUCAGCCUCCUGCAUUUGAUCCUUUGGUAGACAUGGACCCGAGACUCGUCGUUUCUUUCCAAGAUUUGCCUCGAGAUGCUGAUAUCAGUGCGUUGGUUUUGAGAUUUGGUGGAGAAUGCGAGCUUGUCUGGCUGAACGACAAGAAUGCAUUGGCGGUUUUCCACGACCCUGCCCGCGCAGCAACUGCUAUGAGGAGAUUAGACCAUGGAUCAGUAUACACUGGAGCUGUUCUGUUUCACGCGACAGCAGGUGCUUCCGGUUCAACUUCUGGAGCAAAUGCUUGGGGCGGGGCAGGGACGGGGACGGCCAAGAGUAACCCGUGGAAGAAGGCGACUGUUCAGGAAGAUACAUGGGGCGGCGAUGAGUGGUCAUCCAGUGGCUCUGCCGACGUGCAGCCAUCUGCGUGGAAGAAAGAAACUCCACUCGCCGCCUCGCUAAACCGAUGGAGUGUGCUAGAUAAUGAAAAUUCUUCGAGUUCAUCAUCUAAAUCUUCUGCUGGAAUCAAGGAUUCGAGUUUCGAAAUCACUCCAACUCCGAUAGCGGCGGGGUUGGUUGUUGGAAAUGUUUCCGAAACAGAAACUUCUGAAGUGGCUGAAGACUGGGAGAAGGCUUAUGAUACUAGCAUAGAAGAAGAAAAAAAUUAAACUCAAAUUUGAUGUUUUGAAUAUAUAUAUAUAUAUAUAAAUUUAUAUAUAUUUUUGGUUCUGAGGACAACUCUUUUUCUUUUUUUUUUUAUAAUAUUUUUGUUAAUUACAUCUUCCUCUUGCUUGGUUGAUGUUUUAAAAAAGAAAAAGAAAUUAAAGUGUAUUGUUAGUUUGCCUUUGAAUUUUGCUUUAUGGCAAAAAGCUUUUAUGUUCUGCUAUUAUGAAGAACAUUCUUUUGUAUAUGUGAUUUUGGACAGGUUGGAACUUAUUAUAGAAGACCAACUGAGUUUUUAUUUAUUUAUUUUAUUUUUUUCUUU